GAAAAGGCUGGCUGGCAGAGAGCAAAAAAGGAGGUACUUUUUGCUUGAAAACUAUCUGGAUCUACAGCCUUUGAACAGGAAGCAAGAGCCUUUAUCCUGUUACAGGAGAAUGGAAGAAACUCAGAGGCUCUGGAGAUGGAAAAAUGGACUCCUCCAAUGCUUUAUCAUGAUGUCUGCUUGGAAGGCAGUUUCUGGGCAGAUCCACUAUUCCAUUCCUGAGGAGAUGCACAAAGGCUCUUUUGUGGGGGAUAUUGCAAAGGACCUAGGAAUGGAUGGGAAGCAGUUUCCAGACCAUGGACUCCGCAUUCUUCCCAGAAUAGGUAUGAUCCAGUAUUUUGCUUUGAAUGACAACAAUGGCCAUUUACAGAUUUCUGAGAGAAUAGACAGGGAGGAAAUGUGCAUAGAAGCAGAAAAGUGUGUAUUAAAAUUUCAGAUUCUUAAUGAGAAUAAAUUAAAGAUUUAUGGCGUUGAAGUGGAAAUAACAGAUAUUAAUGAUAACGCUCCUCAAUUUCUGCUAAAGGAAUGGAAAAUGAAAAUCAGUGAGACAUCUACACCUGGAGAUAAAUUCCUUCUCCCCAAAGCUCAGGAUCCCGAUCUGGGGGUCAAUUCUAUACAAAGCUAUCAACUUAUGGACAGUAGCCAUUUUUCUCUGGAGGUGCAAAUAGGAGAAAAUGGUGUUAGACAUGCUGAACUAGUGUUGGAAAAAUCUCUGGACAGAGAGGAGCAAGCAGUUUAUAAUCUAAUCCUUAUAGGUACUGAUGGGGGUGAGCCCAUCCGGUCUGGCUCUGUGCAAAUCCAAGUCAUUGUUCUAGAUGCAAAUGACAAUGCUCCAGUUUUCAGCCAACCUGUCUAUGAAGCAACUGUGAAGGAGAAUGUUCCUGAAGGAUCUACAGUCUGUAAAAUAAAAGCAAUUGACCUGGAUGAAGGAAUUAAUGGAGAGGUAAAAUACUCAUUCGAAAAAAUUAGAGAGAAGAAUUCCAAAAUAUUCCUAUUAAACUCCACAACAGGAGAAAUUACCCUUGUGGGAAACCUUGACUUUGAAGCAUCAUCCUUACAUGAAUUUGAGGUGCAAGCCAUGGAUGGGGGAGGACUGAGCGACAGAUCAAAGGUUGUGAUCUUCAUUACAGAUUUGAAUGAUAAUGCACCAGAAUUAGAAAUUAACUUUGUAACCAACUCUGUCCUUGAGAACUCACCAACUGGAACUAUCAUUGCCAUUUUAAAUGUACAAGACAGAGAUUCAGGAGUCAAUGGGCAAGUCAAAUGCUCCAUUCCAAAUAACCUUCCUUUUCAGCUCAAAAAGUCAAUGGAUAAUUUUUAUACCUUGGUGACAGACAGACCGCUUGACAGGGAACAAGUAGCAGCCUACAAUAUCACUGUUACAGCAACCGAUGAUGGGUCUCCAACAUUAUCAACAUCAGCCAUUGUUUCGCUCCAGGUGUUAGACACAAAUGACAACCCUCCACUCUUUGCAGAAUCAACCUACACCUCUUAUCUUCUAGAAAAUAACCCAAGAGGAGUGUCAGUCUUUUCCCUGAAAGCAAGUGAUCCAGACUGGGAAAAGAAUUCACAAGUAAGUUACUCCAUCAUUGAAGGCCAGAUGAGCGAAUCUCUUCUCUCUUCCUUUCUCUCUAUUAACUCGGAGAAUGGAGUUGUUUAUGCCCUUAGUUCAUUUGAUUACGAAGACUUUCGUGAGAUUCAGUUCCAGGUCAAAGCUCAGGAUGGAGGCUCCCCACCACUCAGCUCCAACGUCUCUGUGACUCUCUUCAUCCUCGAUCAGAAUGACAAUGGCCCAGAGAUCCUGUAUCCUUCCCCUCCCACGGAUGGCUCCACUGGAGUAGAAUUGGCCCCUCGCUCCUCUGAGCCAGGUUACCUGGUCACUAAGGUGGUGGCCGUGGAUGCAGAUUCUGGCCAGAAUGCCUGGCUUUCCUACCAGCUGAUCAAGGCCACAGAGCCAGGGCUUUUCACUGUGGGACUCCACACUGGAGAGAUCAGGACAGCCCGUUUCUUUCUGCAGAAAGAUGCCCUCAAACAAAGCCUGGUGGUUUUAGUGAAGGACAAUGGGCAGCCGCCUCUCUCCGCCUCAGUCACUGUCACUGUGGUGCUGGCUGACAGCAUUCCUGAAAGCCUCUCAGAUCUCAGCAGCAUCUCAGCUCCGAUAGAUGAUCCCCAGUCUGACCUCACCUUCUACCUGGUGAUUGCUGUGGCUUUUGUCUCCUGCUUGUUCUUUGUCUUCCUCCUUGUCUUACUGGCUAUCAAGUUGCGCAGCUGGAGAAAUGCACAGCUGUUUGAGUGUGGGAGUGUGAAUUUCAGUGGUGCUCCUGUCUCACAAUUUGUGGGUAUUGAUGGAGUCCGAGCAUUUCUUCACUCCUACUGCCAUGAGGUGUCUCUCACCACAGACUCAAGGAAAAGCCAGUUUAAUCUUUCUAAGGCAAAUUAUUCCAAUACUCUGAACAAUCAAGAGACUUCUGAAGUAAAGAAUCCUAUCCUAUCCAGUGAUGAUAUCAAUUUGAAUAAUAGUGAUCCGAACAUAGUCCAGGUGAGCCAACCAUUUUAG